CUGUUCAACACUUUAAAUCAAGAGGGAGGGAAGCAAGAGGGAACUGGACCUGCAACCAAGCUCCGUUUUGACAGACAAUUUUUCGAGUUUGUGAUUUCUCCUUCUCAACCUUAAACUUAAAUUUUUUUCUUUUUUUUGUGGGGUGCUAAGUAGUCCUUGCAACAAUGUGUACGGGAAAGUGCUCCAAGUUUAUCGGCAUUGCACUCUAUCCUCUGGCUCUUGUGUCCAUCCUGUGUAACAUUCUGCUGUUCUUCCCUGACUGGACGGUAAAGUAUGCACAGGACGACUCAGAAGAGACCCCACGUCUUACCAACGAAGUGAAAUACAUGGGAGGUGUCCUUGGAGGUGGCAUUUUGGUGCUGAUCCCAGCCAUUCACAUCCACAUGACGGGGAAACAGGGCUGCUGUGCUAACCGAUGUGGAAUGUUCUUAUCUAUUGGCUUUGCUGCAAUUGGUGUGGCUGGAGCUUUGUACAGCCUCGGUGUGGCUGCAGCAGGAUUGGCUAAUGGACCCGUCUGCAGUAAUGCCUCAGGCUUCUGGGGAAGGCCAUUCCAGAACAAUAACAACAGCUACCUGCAAAACCCUGACAUCUGGAGUACCUGCAAGGAGCCCAAGGAUGUGGUUCAGUUUAAUAUUGGCCUUUUCAGCACUCUCCUGGUGGCUUCCUGUUUGGAAGGGAUACUGUGUGGCUUCCAGGCAGUCAACGGCCUCUUUGGUUGCCUCUGUGGUACUUGCAACAGCAAAUCGGUGUAAAACAUUUUCAGAGGAGGGAGAGCCUGAUAAUAAAGACAUCAAUAAUCCGCCCCGACUGCAACCUCAGUGCCUCGAGAAACAUCAGCAGCCUAUUUGGCUACAUUACUGGCUGGGCAAUAUAACAAAAAUCACAAUACUUCAGUCCAAAAGAAAUUUCCAAAGAACGAGUGGUGGCACAUUUAAAAAUGACUAUAAAACCAUUGAUUUUUAUGAUUUGUAUUCAAUGUUGAACACACUGCACUAAAUCCAAUGUGACUAAUUCUGCUCCUAUUGUAACAAAAAUAUGCAGUUCUUUAGAAGUACUGACGAUAUUUAUAAUAUAAUUAGAAAAAAAUCAUAGCUCUAGUGUGAACAACUGUGUUUUUGACAAUAUAAGGAAAGUUCUUCAUUUGAAGGACAUUGUACUUAUGGAAAAUGCUACAUUUACUGGUUGCAUUUUGUAAAUAAAACCUUUUUGUCUUAUA